AUGGCAUCCGCAGCAGUAAAAUCCUUCACACUAAUCUUCUACGCCCCGGCUUCCGCAGUCCAAGCCUGCAAAACCGCCAUCUUCGCCGCAGGGGCAGGCCGGUACCCCGGCCCGGGGAACUACACGGAGUGCUGCUGGUCGACGUCAGGAACGGGACAGUUCCGACCAGGAGACGCCGCGAACCCGCACAUCGGCAGCGUGGGGGCUUUGGAGAAGAUACCUGAGGUGCGUGUCGAGACGCUAUGCAUAGGCGAGGACGUUGUCAAGGGGGCUGUUGCUGCGUUGAAGGGAGCUCACCCGUACGAAGAACCCGCGUACCACGUCAUUAAGCUGGAAAACUAUUAG